AUGAAGCUCGCUGGUGCUCUGGUGCUCCUCGGGGCCGCCCUGCUCCUGACUUCAGGGGGAGAUUGUGGCAUUUGCCCAGCUAUAAAAGAAAAGGCUCGACUAUUUUUUCUUGAGGAUGAAAAAGCGUAUCUUGACUACGUGGAGAAAUACCAAGAUAGCACUCUCGUACUGAAAAAUGCUCAAAAAAUCAAAAAAUGUGUCGAUAACACGUUUUCAGCCGAAGACAAGCAAAAUGCAUUCCAGUUCAUUGAAAAAAUAGAAGCCAGCUCAAUAUGUUGA